UCGAGAGCGAGAGAGAGAGAGAGAGAGAGUUACUCAUUUGAUGAAUACUGAGAUUAAAUUUCAGUUGUGAAUGAGAUCAGAUUUUGAUUUUCAGCAGCAACGCAAAAGAGCAGUAAGGAGAGAAGGUUAAACAGACGAGUAAAUAUAAGCGAGAAGAGUUUUUCUGAAGUUGAACGAGCCUAGACACUGAGACGUGGUCAUCAUGUCCAGCUCCACAGCCCUGAUCUCCCUCGUCCUGCUGAGUCUUCUGCCUUCCACAGCGGUGUGUCUGACCUGUUACGAGUGUUUGUUUCCAGCCAUCUCUCCACUCGACUGCCGCCAGUUUCCUAAAACAUGUGCUGCAGGUGAGCGCUGCCUGUACAGCACCGCCGUCGCCGUAAAGGACACAGUGCGUUUUGUGCUGAAAGAGAAGAGCUGUGCCACAUCAUCUCAGUGUGGUGUUAGCGGAGAGAAACGCACGGCAGGACUCGUCUUCACCUACACCACACACUGCUGUGAUACUGACCUGUGCAACUCUGCGGCCCCGCCCGGUGCCCCCUGCUGGAGCCGAACAGCACUGAGCCUCGGUGUCACGGCGCUCGCUGUCCUGCUGGCCUCAUCAUGAAACCACACACACAGGAUUCUAAACUAUCUGUACACUAAUCACUGAAUGGUUUACUUGUAAAUCCUCAUGUGUGGCGCACACACAUUAUAUACACACUUGUUUAUCUCAAAAUAUUGGAAUAUCAUGAAAAAGUUACUUUUUUUUCAUAAUUUAAUUAAAAAAGUAACCUUUAAUAUAUUCUAUAUGCAUUACAAGUAAACUAAAAUAUU